AUGGCCUCUCCGCGCCCGACCACCCAUCCGCCCUCAAGUGCGCUCCCGCCGCUGCCCAUCCCCAAAGCAAAAAGGAGCCCCUUGGCGCCCCCCGACGCUCCACGCCCCAUGACGCCCGGGUCCAAACUUCGUGCUCCCUCAUCGUCCCUGAAAACCGUUGCCGCCUCUGUCACACCUGCCCGCUCGCCGUCCAUGGGCCAUGCCCCCAACAAUAGCCCUGAGAAAGUCCUUCGCCGCUCAGUGAGCGUUGCCGUGUUUCCGCAGCCCCCCAAGGCUGCUUUCCGCGCCUCCCUCAACGCCAGCACUACCUCUCUCUCGAGCCUGCCCGCCGUCAGGGCUAAGUCUCCCGCCGCCAUGACCGCCUCGGGGAGCCUGAGAUUGAAGAAACCUCCUAGAAUUAGCACCGGUGCUGUGAAUAGCAACCGAACCUCUAAGACUCCCACCCUGCUAGAUGCGAGUGGAAAUGGAAAUUCGAUUCCAUGCACCCCUGCCUCCCGAAAUCCCGAGACACAAUGCUCCAGCUCUUCUCCCACGCCAAGCAGAAGCUCCUCAGCACAAGGCUCGACAUAUUCUACAAGUGCCACGACUUUUGAUGAGGGCGAUGACAGUGGCCGGAAGACAAGGGACGAUCCGGAUACCUCCGGUACCGCGAUCAAGCACAAUUUGAAAUCAAAAGAAGGAAAAGGGAAUGUCAUAGUAAGCGUCAGAGUGCGACCCGACUUCGCAAACAGCGAUGGUAGUAAGUCGGACGGCGAGUGGCUAGUUGAUGGUCGAAGAGCUUUAGUAUCGUAUCAUGGGAAAGACGGAGGUGAUUACUUCUACGAUAAUGUUUUUGCUGUCCAUGAUAACAAUGCUAAGGUUUACGACUCAUGCGCAAAGCGACUCGUACGUCGAGUAAUGGAAGGUUAUCAUGGAACUGUUUUUGCAUAUGGCAUGACUGGUACUGGCAAGACCUUUUCCAUGCAAGGGACUGCGACAUCUCCCGGCGUUAUACCGUUGGCCAUCACAGAUAUUUUUUCUUAUAUCCGUGAGACCCCGCAUCGCGAAUUCCUCCUGCGAGUAAGCUAUCUUGAGAUAUACAAUGAGAAGAUACAUGAUCUUUUGUCCACUCCUGUGUCUGCAGGCGUUGGACCCGGUGGAGUACAGCAGGAAGAAAUUAAGCUGCGGGAAGACAGCAAGCGGGGCGUUUAUGCAACGCCGUUAAAAGAGGAGAUCGUUCAAAGUCCAACUCAACUAAUGCGUGUGAUCGCAAGAGGAGAUCAUGCCAGGCGGACAGGGAGUACCCAGUUCAAUGCCCGGAGUUCUCGAAGUCACGCUGUGGUUCAGAUCGUUGUCGAGAGCCGAGAGCGAGUGUCUGCAUCCUGCUCAAAUCAUGAAAAGCGCUCAGCUAUAAUUCCUGGCGGUGUACGUGUCUCAACUCUUAGCUUGAUUGACCUUGCGGGCUCUGAGCGCGCGGCUGAAAACAAAGAGAGACGUACAGAAGGUGCUCACAUCAACAAGAGUCUGCUCACUCUUGGUAAUGUUAUUGCGAGGUUGUCGGUGGAUAAAGACAAGGGAACAAAUGCAUCAGAUCGUGACGGCAAACAUCUUCCGUAUCGGGACAGCAAGCUCACAAGGCUACUGCAGCCAGCACUAUCAGGCAACUCGUUAGUCAGUAUUCUCUGCACAAUCCAAAUAGGGUCGGCUGGCAGUGCUGCCGGUACUAAUACACAUGCAAACGAAACUCUAAAUACCAUGAAAUUUGCUGCUAGGGCAAAGAACAAUAUCGUCAGCCAUGCAAAAAGAGCAGAAGAGGCCUUGGGUGGUGGCGGUGAUGCAAGUAGUCGUGUUCUUCUCGAACGAUAUCGUGUAGAAAUCCAGUCACUCAGAACACAGCUCGAAAAGCAGGCGAAAACCCAUGCUGAGCAAGAAUCGAAGCUGGAAGAGAAACGCUUUGAGAAGGAAGCAGAAGCGCGUCACGAAGAGCAGAUGCUGGAGAUGCAGUUGGCAAGAACUGCCUUGAAGGAACGCAUCGAGCAUUUAAAUCGUUUGAUUUUGUGUUCGCAAUCUACUGGAGUCAAUGCUAGCGGUCGACUUUCCACGAUGGGUUUCCCGUAUUUACGGAACUUUGAUUCUAGGUCUCUCCGAUCAUCAGCCUCGUUUUCUACAUUAGGUGGUGGGCAACUGAACCGCUCCUGUUCUUUGACGUCUGUCAAGAGUAGCAGCGGAGUGCCUUCUGAGCAAUUCUCACCAUUCGGAACUAACGAAGAUGACGAAGAUACUAUAGGUGAUUUUGCAGAUGGUACUGCAAGCGUUCAAGCACAGAUUAUUGCACUUCAAGCAGACCUCGCGGAUAAGAACCGCUAUAUCUCAACAUUGGAACGAAGACUACUGCAAGCGCGGCGUUCUAGUCACUCACGAAUGUCCGCGGGCCUGUCUCAGCUAAAAACUAGCACUAUCUCCCCUGGCGACCCUGAAGUUGCUGCGCUGCUUCGUGAGAAGGAUAUGGAGAUAGCAGACCUACGUCUCCAGCUAGAUGAUAAGGAUCGGAUGGUCGCCGCCCUUCGUUCAGCGGCACGUCAACGUGAAAUAGCUCAGCUGGCGGCUGAAUCACUUCCCCCUGACCCUCCAAAGCCGCCUAACUUUCCACUACCCUGCCAUCGAUCUAGCCACCAGAGUUCUGAGAGUAAUGGCAGCUUGGUCUUGAUGCCUUCAACGCCUAUCAGCCCCAUUCAGUUUUUGUCCCCUACCAAGAAAACAGACAGGGACGCAAAACGCAGAAGCGUAGAUGAAAUGUCGCGGAUGCUUGAUGAAAUGAUCCAAGAUCGAGUGGAGAGCGGGCAGUUGAUCAAGGGUGUCCGGGGAAGUGUCCGACUUGCAAGUGGCCAUCCUCCUACAAGUUCGCUGCCAUCACGUGGUGAAGCUGUGCCUCCUCCCCUAGGGCAUACAGCGGAUGAUACCCCUCCGCCUUGA